GGUGAUGUGUGCGGAAGUGCGCUGUUGUCCAAAUUUGGACGGUUAUCGUCUUUCAUCGGUGCCAAAAUUUCAGUCGGGGUUAACCAAGAGGUCCACGCAUCACCAUCUCACACGAUGGAGGACGAUACGCUAUUGCAUUUCGCGAACUUUAGCACACUAGUCCUGUGCAUGGUUCUCAAGUUUCCACAAAUAUUUGUGCUGAUGAGAGCGAAAUCAACCACCGGUGUGAGCUUGAACAGUUUGCUCUUGGAACUUACCGGGUUCAUUGUGUUUGUCCGCUACCAAAUGUACUAUGAUUACCCACCUCCUACCUACCUGGAGUAUCCCAUUCUGAUUGCCCAAGAUGUCAUGCUGUUGCUGCUGAUUCUCCAUUACAAUGGUAACCUGAAGCAAGGACUGCUAUAUGCACUUGUGUUUGUGGGCACCUGGCACCUUCUGAUUGUGCAGAAGUGGGUUAUUGAUCUUGCUAUGAGCCUGUGCACUUUUAUCAGCGCUGGCAGCAAGUUUGCUCAGCUCCAGUGUCUGUGGGCGUCCAAAGACUCAGGUCAGGUCAGCAGCCUCACCUGGGCCAUGGCAACCUACACCUGCAUGGCAAGGAUUUUCACCACACUUGUGACAACUGGAGAUACUCAGGUGCUCAUCAGGUUUAUCGUGAUGACACUUCUGAACAUUUGGGUCCUGGCGACAGUAUUGUACUACAGGCCCAAGGGCUCCAAGAAGCAAGACUGAGGCGUCGAGUUUACAGUGCAUGGCAGCAGGGACUGCCUCACUCUCAACCCCAGGCCUCGGCUCAGGUCAUGUCAAAUACCCCCCUUUACCUAAAGUAAAAGGUCAGGAAUUUACACACUGGAAAAAUAAUCAGAUGCUGUUCUGGUUUACAUUCUAAACCUGGAUUAAGCUAAUAGUCUACUCUGGAAAACUGAUGACAUUACAAUUUCAGCUCUGAAGUAUUAUGGGACGAUUAUGAUGCUAUUUCAUGUAUUGGUUAAAUGGGUCUAAAUGAUUUACCAAAACUUUUUUUCUAAGUGCAAUAACUAUGCAACAAUAUGUGUUGUUUUUCAGAAUAAUCUUUCACAAUUUCGUACAGUAUUUGUAGAAAGUUGGAACUAUAUUUAACAAACAGUUACAUAUCAAAUAUUGUAUGUAUGACCACAAACCUUUGUAAAACAUUCCCUUAAUCUCAAACUCUGUCUUGUAGCAGUACUUAAAGAGUUAUUGUUUGCUCCUCUAAGUCAUAUUGAUUAGGUCAGAUGUGCACACACUUCCAUUACAUUCCUGAGGUUUUAUAAAAUACUUUCUCAAACUGUGAAACACAAAAUGUGUUCUUAGUUUUCUUCUUCCCUGGUUUGUAUCAGUCCAGGGAAACUUUCAGGCGUUCAGGUACUUAAGCAAACUGGUAUGUCUACAGUGUUGGGAUUGAAAUAACUUUGUAAAUGAAUACUUUUGCUAUUUAAUUAGUUUGUCUUUUCAUAGUGAACAUUGUAGAUCACCUGCAAUAAAUACCUCAAUAAAAAGCA